UUAGAGCGACACAAAUAUGGAUUGUUUGAAAGUUCAUUAAGAAACUUGGCUGCAGAUGAGGAGCAGUUUAACAAGACAUUAAGAAUGCCCUUUUCGUUAUUUAAUGUGCUGCACGAAUUUCUGGAGGCUUCGCUGACCAAAUAUUCAAUCAGAACACCAAUAUCGAGUCGCUGCAGACUAUUUAUAACCCUGAUAUAUUUGGCUCACGGUGGCACUCGGCAAUUCCACACAAUAGUUCACAGGAUCGGCCUGACGACUUUCAGGAAGAUUACGUUGGAGACAUGUAUGACCAUAUGGGAUCUGUUAGCUGACCUGUAUGUGGCGACCCCGUCAGAAACGGAAUGGGGACGUAUUUCCAAUGAGUUCAAGUCGCUGUGGAAUAUGCCCAACUGCGUUGGUUCCAUCGACGGAAAGCACAUUAAUAUUACCUGUCCAGCGAAUUCAGGGUCGAUGUACUAUAAUUACAAAGGCAAUUAUAGUAUCGUGCUUUUGGCCGUAUGUGAUGCCAAUUAUACCUUUACCUGCGUUGACAUCGGAGCAUAUGGAAGUCAAAGCGAUGGCGGUGUCUACCACUUUUCAAAACUGGCAGAUGCUAUUGAAAAUGAUAGGCUCGGCCUUCCACAUGAUCAGCCUCUGCCAGGAGAAACCGAGCCAUUUCCACAUUAUUUAGUAGGAGAUGCUGCUUUUCCCUUACGGCGUUAUUUAAUGCGACCAUAUCCGGGUAGAGGUAUUCCAGAAGAGCAAGAGUAUUUCAAUAAAAGACUCUCUCGUGCAAGAAGAGUUAUAGAAAACGCAUUUGGAAUACUCACUGCCAAAUGGAGAAUAUUGAGAACGACGCUAUGCAUGGCCCCGAAAACUGCAGAACAAAUAGUGAAAGCUUGUAUUGUUUUGCAUAAUUUUAUUAAGCUUUCGUGUGCAAACUAUGUAGCAAGCGAUUUUGUUGAUCGCUACGAAGAGGAUGCCACCAUCGCUGGCUCAUGGCGAAACGAAGUAGUUCCAUUGCCCUCAAUAAGUAGGGUGUCAUCGAACCGAGGCAGUUCAAAUAAUUAUGAUUUAAGGGAUGCUCUGAAGACACAUCUUUUUAACAAUAAAAUUUAA